AGUAAAAUGUCCCAGAGAAGGGAGAGAUAAAUCCUAUUGGAUUAGUACAAGACCCUGCCCAUUCCAACCUAUAACCCAACCUAUCCACUCUUUUCGUUUUUUGUAUUUUUUAUCAACGUUAUCAACCCUGCUACUGUGUCUUUCAUGGAGUAGCUGUUCUACCUUGUUUUGGUGUGAUAGUUUGUGUGUGGUGUCCUCUUUCCUCACGCACAACAAACCAGCAUGACCAGAGAUUAAUUAUUCAAGGACUGUUAGCCAAAGGGAGAGUCACCCGAUAGUACGGACUUACAGUAUUACAACCUGAUAUCAGGUUAACCGGUAGACCCUGCUUCAUCUUCUUUUCUACUUGUUCUCCUCCCUCUCUCCAUUUCAUUUUUGGUGCUACAGUACAUGAAGACUUGAAAGACAGCUUUCACAAACUCAGCUGCAAGCGGAACCUUUUUUCUGUUUUUUCUUCUUUUUUUUCUUCCAUUAACAUUUCUCUUGCUUACCGGUAUUCUUUUUUGCCAAUGCUUGUCCCUAACAAACAGUUGAGUCUUGGUCGCUCCCACAGUUGGGACACAUUAGGGGGGAGUGAGGGUCAGUGGGACAGGGCUGAGAGUGUCUACGAGCAGCAGGCAAGAGUAGCUGGCCGGCGGAGCUCUCUGUCAUACAGAGAGGGAGGAGGGUGGUACGAGCCUCCAUCAGGAGUGCAUCCCCCUGACCUGGAUUUGAAACGUGACCCGUAUUCCUACCAAGACUCUCUGUACGGACAAGUUUACGCAGAGCGUCAGGACCCACGGGGGUUGAGGAAGGGCUCUGUGCCUGAUCUAAACCACUACGAACGAGCACCCAUGGCUCACCGAGGAUCCAUUCCACAUCAGGAUUACUAUUCCCAUGACCCGGCCAUUACACCUCGGCCACCGGAAGGCUUUUACCGGCCAGAACCCCAGCCUCCGCCACCUCACCCUCAUCCACUCAGUAGGUCAGGUUCUCAUUUUGGUAUGACACCUGGGGCUCGUGCUGUGUGGGAUCAGGGUCAGGGAGGGAGAGUAGGACCUCAAGCCCCUUCAUCACCUCUUCCUCCUCCUCCCCAUCCUCCAACAGCUAGCCAACAGCGCGUACCCUCCCGAGAGCCAUCUCCUGCUCACUAUGGUAUGGAGCAGGCAUCUCCUCGGUAUGCCAGUGAGCCUCCACCUCUGACUGGUCAGUCGCUCUAUACUGAUGUUAAUGGCCGCCCAUUGGAUCCACAGCAGCAGGCUGCUACUUGUCUAGUAGUAGACCCUGCCAAUCAAAGUGUCAUUAUGAGGCAAGACACUGCCUCACCCUACACCAUCCAACAACAGCAGCAAUUACAACAGCAACAACAAAUGCAGCAACAACAGCAACAACAAAUGCAGCAGCAACAAAUACAACAGCAGCAGUUACAGCAACAGCAACUUCAGCAACAACAAAUACAUCAGCAACAACUUCAACAGCAACAAUUACAACAGCAACAAUUACAACAGCAACAGCUUCAACAACAUCAGUUACAACAACAUCAACUUCAGCAAGAACAGCAGCAUCUGCAACAGCCCCUUCCACCUCCCCCUACCAUGCCCAUCUCUGACCCUAACCUUUCUAUGAUGUCUCCACUUCCCGCUCCACCUACCCCAGUGCAGACAGUUGCUCUAGCUGCACCUCCCCUUGUGCAGGCUGCUCAAUGUCCAGUCCCCCCUCCUCCAGUCACUCCACUUCCUGCUCCUCUCCCCCCCACAGCCCCCCAGACACCAUUGCCUGUGGACCCCAAGAAGACAGUUGAUCCUGAGUUUCUUGCCCUGUUACGAAAUGAGGGCCUCUCAGAGAGAACAAUCUCCUCACUUAUCCAGCAGGGAUUUGACUCCACUAGCAUGCUGGCUGUUAUGGAGGAGAAUGAUGUCCGCACUGUUGCCCCUAACCUUGGUCAGGCUCGUGUAUUGUCUCGCUUGGUCCACAACUGCAAGCGGCCCGUUGAGGCAACGUCAGCCCCCUCCCAACCUCAGACACCCAUGCGAGGCCGCUCCAAUAGCUUUAGCCAUCGCUCAGACAUCUACCACCAGCAGCAGCUCCAUCAUCCAGUGCACCCUCCACAGAGUUUAACUGUGGACCCCCAAAUGAUGCACCCACAGACUCCUGCGACUAUGCAGACCAUCUCCCCAAGGAUGGGAGAAGUAAUGGGUAGGAGGCCCAACAGUGCCCCCUCUCAGCAACUCCUCGAAACCUCUGGAGGCUACCCAGGCCAACCACCUCGCACCCCAGGGCCAUACGCUGGAGCACUUAUGCCUGUUCAAUCAAGACCCAUGUCAGCCUACUCUUCUGGGGGGACAAUGUCAGGGAUGCCCAUGCAUGGUAUGCAGGUCAUGUCACAGCAAAUGACUGGGUCAAUGCCUGCCAUACCUGGGUCUAUGCACUCCAUGCCAGGUAUGCCACAGCAAAUGCCUAUAUCCAUGCCAGCUUUACAACAGCCACCGCAACAAGUACCGAAAGCAUAUUCUACCAAUUACACAGUGCCCAUGGAGCUGAUGAAGAGGGACAGGAACGUAAUGCCAUUGUCACCCAUGCACAGCCCUCACCACAGUCCUCAGAUGAUGCGUAAGGGUGGGGGACCUGCACCAGACAAUGCCCUUGUCCCUAUGGGAGGCCAAGGCCAAGGUGCCCUUGCUGCUAACCAGAAGCUAAGUCGACGCACGGGUCCACCAGUUAUUGUGUCCACGAUGGCGUCUCCAGAUACCAGUAUUCGGCCGCAGAUUAUGAAUGGGCCUAUGCACCCACGCCCCCUGGUGGCGCUGCUGGAUGGGCGCGACUGCACUGUGGAGAUGCCCAUCCUUAAAGAUCUGGCCACUGUGGCUUUCUGUGAUGCCCAGUCCACACAAGAAAUACAUGAAAAGGUGUUGAAUGAGGCAGUAGGGGCCAUGAUGUACCACACCAUCACUCUGACCAGAGAGGACUUGGAGAAGUUCAAGGCACUGCGCAUCAUCAUCCGCAUCGGCAGCGGCUAUGACAACAUCGACAUCAAGGCUGCCGGCGAUCUUGGCAUUGCGGUGUGUAAUAUUCCCUCAGCGGCUGUAGAAGAGACAGCCGACUCAACACUCUGUCACAUCCUCAACCUUUACCGGCGGAACACGUGGCUGUACCAGGCUCUCCGGGAGGGCACGCGGGUCCAGAGCGUGGAGCAGAUCAGGGAGGUGGCGUCAGGGGCGGCCAGGAUCCGAGGAGAAACACUUGGCCUCAUCGGAUUUGGUCGCUCGGGCCAAGCGGUAGCAAUACGGGCCAAAGCGUUUGGCUUCAACGUGAUCUUCUAUGACCCCUACCUCCAGGACGGCUUGGAGCGCUCGCUGGGAGUUCAGCGAGUCUACACGCUCCAGGACCUGCUCUACCAGAGUGACUGCGUUUCCCUACACUGCAACCUGAACGAACACAACCACCACCUCAUCAACGACUUCACCAUCAAACAGAUGCGUCAAGGUGCAUUCCUGGUCAACUCGGCACGGGGAGGUCUGGUGGAUGAGAAAGCUUUGGCUCAGGCACUGAAAGAAGGCAGGAUACGGGGAGCCGCCUUGGAUGUUCACGAGUCGGAGCCUUUCAGUUUUUCCCAAGGUCCUCUGAAAGACGCGCCCAACUUGAUUUGCACACCCCACACCGCCUGGUAUAGCGAGCAGGCAUCACUGGAGAUGAGGGAGGCUGCCGCCACAGAAAUACGCAGAGCCAUCACUGGCCGUAUUCCCGACAGCCUCCGAAACUGCGUCAACAAAGAGUUCUUUGUUACCACGGCACCCUGGGGAAUGAUGGAGCAGCAGCAGCAGCAGCAGCCUCAAGUUCACCCUGAGAUGAAUGGUGCCGCCUACAGCCGAGUGAACCAAACCAUGGUACAGGCCAUAGCAACGGGGGGAAUGCAGGACAAAUUAUAUACCUAAUUCUCAACCAGAUUCCCUCCUGGUGUGGUGGGCGUCGCCCCCAGCGGGAUUCCCGGACCUAUGGAGGGGUUGGUGCCUGGGGGAGUGCCCAUCACCCACACCCUGCCCCCCGGUACCCAUCCGUCACAGGCCACCUCUCCCAACCAACCCUCCAAACAUGGCGACCCCAUGAGAGAGCACAUGACAGAGCAGUAGGACUGCUGCUGUAAUUGAAAAGGGCGCUACAACCGGCAUAAACAAAAAUGAAAAAAACCAUCCAACUGUACGCUUGACUUCAGCCAUCUGAACCUACCAGCAGACUGCCUGCCGGGCAACGGUUCACAUGUUUUCUUUUUGUAUGAAACCACUACGCUCAAGUGAGGACAGUGGAUGUUAUUACACACACGAGCUGCCACACUGAGAUGGGACUGACCGUCAAAUUCAUGCUCCGAAGAUCUGAAAGGUUUCCUCCUACGUAUCGGUUUUUGUUCUUCAUUGAUGCAAGUGAUUUUUUUGUUUUUAUCUUUCUUUUUGAGUAUAUUUUAGGGGAGAUUCCUCCUGACUUCUGGGACACGUUGACAUUUCCACUUGCAGGAUGGAAAUCUGACCCGUCCUCCCUGGUUUAAAGGAAGAGCUUGAAAGGACAGUGACUUCAUGAACAAGCCGUCGAGCCUCCGCUUCACCUUCCUUGCUUGUCAGUUUCACUCAUUUCAGCGCAAAUAUGUCAUUUAUUUAGUUUUUCUACUUUCUUUUGUUUUUUCCUAUAUUAUGUGUUUCUGUUGCAAGUGAAUGUCCGUUCGUUUCUGUUCUUCAAUGUGUGAAAAAAAAAAAAAUGGAUUUACAGUUACACUCACAGUAUGUUUAGCAGACAAGAAACAGCAUCUGCUGUCUCUACCAGAGAUCUGGACUCCAUCUUUGCUCUGUUCUAAUUGUCGUGGCUGGUGGCCCUUGAAUGUAGAGAUGAGACGCGGGGAAGUAGAUGUGGUUUCCAGUUCCAGGAAUAAUAUUUUAGGCUUAUGAGGUACAAAAAUCACCAUUUUAAACCAAAAAAAGGAGAGAAAAAAACUGACUGCCAUUUGUAGUUAGCUAUUGUACGUUAAGUGUGCCACAUCAAUUAAAUAUUGUUGUUGUAACUUUUCCAACUAUGCUGAACUGAGGUACCUACAAAAUUUGAUUAUUGCCAUGACCAGUGUCCCACAUACAGUCUGUUUGCAUUCAAAGGACCUACAGUACUUUACAGCACCAGCUACGAUGUAGGAAAAACAACGAGUAUAUAUCUUACUGACUCAGGAAAAAAAUGAACCCUCAAAUAUGUCCAAACAGAAAAGAAAAAUUGGAUUUAUUUCUACUCAUGUCUCCACCUCUUUCUCCAUUGUGGUAUUAUUAUUUUUUAAAUAUAUCAAAUGUAAGGUUUUUUUUGAUGUUCAAGGUUUUCAGUCCUGUUAGAUUUGUAUUGCCUUGUUAAAUGUUCUUAUAAUCACAGUCUUAUGUGAACAACCACACCCUCUAUAGUUUCUUCCGUUUUGUUUUUCUGCUCUGAUGAAAGCCAGCUGUGGCUCUCGGAGGCAUCCUGCCCGCUGUGAACAACAGCAGCCACAUCCAUCCCUUUAGCCCCAUGGCGUUAGCAAGAGACGGCUGCUAGCAGAUUGUUUGGUUUUUAGUGUGAGUAUUUGUAUUUGUUUCUUGUACAAGGUGAAAAUAUAGCAUACAGUGCAGCUGGAAACAAUAAAUAAAACUUACUGUUCUGAUUGAU